AGAAGAGCUUCGACCUGUCUCGAGCGGGGCACCUAGUCUAAGGGAGAAGUAGAUCUAGAUUUAUGCUUCUCACUAUGAAAAGGACAGCAUAGUUUAACCGUUUUGAAGUAAAUACAAGCAUAGGCUAUCAUCUCAAAGUAAAGCUAGAUUCAGUGAGAUUUAAAUACACAUGGUAGUCAAAAGCCCGCUAUAACCGCUUCUGCCGGAUACAAUGCAUUUCCAUUGGAACUGAGGGAUAUGGGAUUUAAUUAAAUCCAUCUUGGUGAAUGAAGAAUUAUAAAAUACUCACAACAGAGAAUAAGUACCGACAUGGCUGACAGGACCGCUCCGAAUUGUCACCUGCGACUAGAAUGGGUUUACGGGUAUCGGGGACAUCAGUGCCGCAACAACCUGUACUACACAGCGGCCAAGGAGAUUGUCUACUUCGUCGCUGGUGUGGGAGUAGUGUAUAACACACGGGAACACAAGCAAAAAUUUUACUUGGGACACAACGAUGAUAUAAUCAGUUUGGCUUUGCAUCCGGAGCGGGUGCUGGUAGCCACGGGACAGGUGGGCAAGGAGCCUUACAUCUGUGUGUGGGAUUCCUACACUGUCCAGACUGUGUCCAUCCUGAAGGACACACACACACACGGCAUUGCCUGCCUGGCCUUUGACCUCGAUGGACAGUGUUUGGUCUCGGUGGGUCUGGACUCCAAGAAUACCAUCUGUGUGUGGGACUGGAGGAGGGGCAAGGUCCUGGCAGCAGCUCCCGGCCACACUGACAGGAUAUUUGACAUCUCAUGGGACUUGUACCAGCCAAGCAAGCUUGUUAGCUGUGGUGUCAAACACAUCAAGUUUUGGAGUUUAUGUGGCAAUGCUCUGACACCCAAGCGAGGGGUUUUUGGCAAAACGGGAGAUCUCCAAACCAUCCUCUGCUUGGCCUGUGCCAGAGACCAGGUCACAUAUUCAGGUGCCUUGAAUGGGGACAUCUAUGUCUGGAAGGGCAUCAACCUUAUCCGGACAAUCCAAGGAGCUCAUGGGUCAGGGAUUUUCAGCAUGAAUGCCUGUGAGGAGGGCUUUGCCACCGGGGGCCGGGACGGCUGCGUUCGACUAUGGGAUCUCAACUUCAAACCAAUUACUGUCAUCGAUCUCAGGGAAACAGACCAAGGAUAUAAAGUGGCUAGAGGGUUGUCGGUGCGAAGCGUGUGUUGGCGGGGGGACCAUAUCUUGGUGGGCACCCAGGACAGUGAGAUCUUUGAGGUGGUGGUCCAUGAUCGCACCAAGCCCUUCCUCAUCAUGCAGGGCCACUGUGAGGGAGAGCUGUGGGCGCUGGCUGUGCACCCCACCAAGCCCCUGGCCAUGACAGGCAGCGAUGACCACUCAGUCAGGAUUUGGAGCCUCAUAGAUCAUGCACUGAUAGCUCGCUGCAACAUGGAAGAACCGAUCCGCUGUGCAGCUGUGAGCACGGACGGGAUUCACCUGGCACUGGGCAUGAAGGACGGCUCCUUCACUGUUCUGCGGAUCAGGGAUAUGACCGAGGUGGUGCACAUCAAGGACAGGAAGGAGGCUGUCCAUGAACUGAAGUACUCCCCCGACGGCGCUCACCUGGCUGUGGGCUCCAAUGACAACUCUGUGGAUGUCUACGGCGUGGUGCAGAGGUACAAGAAGGUGGGAGAGUGCAUCGGCUCCACCAGCUUCAUCACCCACAUGGAUUGGUCAACGGACAGCAAGUAUCUUCAGACCAAUGACGGCAGCGGAAAGAGGCUCUUCUACAGGAUGCCAAGUGGAAAAGAGAUCACAAACAGGGAGGAGCUUAAGUUGGUGCAGUGGGCCUCAUGGACCUGUGUGUUAGGCCCAGAGGUCAACGGAAUAUGGCCUAAAUACUCCGAGAUCAACGACAUCAACUCUGUGGAUGCCAAUUUCAAUAAUCAAGUUUUAGUAACAGCAGAUGAUUAUGGAUUAGUGAAGCUUUUACGGUACCCGUGUGUAAGAAAAGGUGCUAAGUUUAAAAAGUAUUUAGGUCACUCUGCCCAUAUAACCAAUGCAAGGUGGUCACAUGACUACCAGUGGGUGAUAACCAUUGGUGGAGCUGACCACUCAGUGUUCCAGUGGAAGUUUGUCACAGACAGGAAGUCCAAAGAAGCUUUUCACAUAGCACCUCAAGAGACGUUUGCUGACUCCAACAGCGAGGAGUCAGACUCGGACCAGUCAGACGUGCCUGAGAUGGACUCAGAGAUCGAGCAGGAGACACAGCUCACGUAUCGGCGGCAGGUUUACAAAGAAGAUCUACCUCAGCUCAAAGAGCAGUCCAAGGAGAAGCACCGCGCUGUAGCCAUGAAGAAGAGAGAGAGAGCCCCAGGGAGCAGGGUGAAGCUACACUUCAUCCACGGCUACAGAGGCUACGACUGCAGGAGCAACCUAUUCUACACCCAAACAGGGGAGAUAGUGUACCAUGUGGCGGCCGUGGGGGUGGUGUACAACCGUCAGCAGAACACCCAGCGUUUCUACAUGGGCCAUGACGACGACAUCCUGUGCCUGGCCAUCCACCCCCUCAAGGACUUCGUAGCGACAGGCCAGGUGGGACGAGACUCAUCCAUCCACAUAUGGGACACAGAGCUGUUGAAACCCAUGUCUGUGCUAAAAGGAUUUCACCAGCUGGGAGUAUGUGCCCUAGACUUCUCAGCGGACGGCAAGCGGCUGGCCUCAGUCGGGCUGGAUGACAACCACACCGUUGUGCUUUGGGACUGGAGGAAGGGUGAGAAGCUCUCAGCAAUCAGGGGUAGCAAGGAUAAGAUUUUUGUCAUCAAAAUUAAUCCGUACUGUCCUGACAAGCUCAUCACGGCUGGAGUAAAACAUAUGAAGUUUUGGCAUAAAGCAGGUGGUGGUCUGAUUGGACGUAAGGGAAUCAUGGGAAAGACAGAGACAAUGAUGUGUGCUGUGUAUGGCUGGACAGAGGAGAUGGUGUUCUCUGGUACAUGCACAGGAGACAUCUGUAUCUGGAGAGACAUGUUCCUGGUGAAGACAAUCAAAGCCCAUGAUGGCCCUGUCUUCAGUAUGCACGCCCUAGAGAAGGGAUUUGUGACUGGAGGGAAGGAUGGCAUAGUGGCUCUGUGGGACGAUACCUUUGAGAGAUGCCUCAAGACAUACACCAUCAAGAGAGCAGUCCUCGCACCUGGGUCCAAAGGGCUGCUGUUGGAAGACAACCCCUCCAUACGUGCCAUAUCUCUUGGUCAUGGUCACAUACUGGUGGGGACAAAGAAUGGAGAGAUUCUGGAGGUGGAUAAGAGUGGACCCAUAACCUUGCUGGUCCAGGGUCACAUGGAGGGUGAGGUGUGGGGCCUGGCCACCCAUCCACAUCUCCCUCUCUGUGCCACCGUCAGCGAUGACAAAACGCUGCGAAUAUGGGACCUGUCCCCCAGCCACUGUAUGUUGGCCGUACGCAAGCUCAAGAAAGGGGGGCGUUGCUGCUGUUUCUCACCUGAGGGCAAGGCCUUGGCGGUGGGCCUGAAUGAUGGUAGCUUCCUUAUCGUCAAUGCAGACACCCUGGAGGACCUCGUCUCCUUCCACCACCGCAAGGACAUCAUCUCAGACAUACGCUUCUCUCCCGGUGCGGGGAAGUACCUGGCAGUGGCAUCGGGGGACAGCUUUGUGGAUAUCUAUAAUGUAAUGAGCAGCAAAAGAGUGGGAGUGUGCAAGGGGUCCCUCAACUACAUCACCCAUCUGGACUGGGACAAGAGAGGAAAACUGCUGCAAGUGAACACUGGUGCUAAAGAGCAGUUAUUUUUCGAAGCUCCGCGGGGGAAGAGGCAGACCAUUCCUGCUACAGAGGUGGAGAAGAUAGACUGGAGCACAUGGACCUGUGUGCUCGGGACCUCCUGUGAGGGCAUCUGGCCUGUGGUCAGUGAGGUCACUGAGGUGACAGCAGCCUGUCUUAGCAACGACAGAAAUGUGCUAGCAACAGGAGAUGAUCUGGGAUACGUCAAACUGUUCAGGUAUCCUGUCAAGGGAAAGUAUGCAAAGUUCAAGCGCUAUGUGGCCCAUAGCACCCAUGUGACUAAUGUGCGGUGGACGCAUGACGACAGCCUCUUGGCGACGGUCGGUGGGGGGGACACGUGCCUGAUGAUCUGGACCCAUGAGGCUGAGGGACACCGCGAGGCCAGACAUUGUGACAGUGAAGAGUCGGACAUUGAGAGCGAAGAUGACGGCGGUUAUGACAGUGACGUGACAAGGGAAAAUGAGAUGAGCUACACCAUCAAGGCCUUAUCCACCAACAUGCGACCCAUGACUGGGGUCAAACCACACCUGCAGCUGAAGGAACCUUCUGUUGACGAGAGGCAGGGGGUAGUCAGAGGGUCAAGACCUCCUGUUAGCAGGGCGCUGCCACAACCAGAAAAGCUGCAGACCAACAACAUGGGAAAGAAGAAGAGGCCUAUCGAGGACCUGGUGCUGGAUCUGGUUUUUGGUUACCGUGGCAAUGACUGCCGCAACAACGUCCACUACCUGAAUGAGGGGGCGGAUAUCAUCUACCACACAGCUUCUGUGGGCAUCGUUCUCAACCUAACCACAGCCUGCCAAAGCUUCUAUGUAGAACAUAGUGAUGACAUUCUGUGCCUGACUAUCAAUCAACACCCCAAGUUCCCCAACGUGGUGGCAACUGGCCAAGUAGGUGAUACUGGCGAUAUGUCAGCCACGACGCCUUCCAUUCAUGUCUGGGACGCCAUGAACAAACAGACGCUGUCUGUGCUGCGCUGUUUCCACUCGCGGGGUGUCUGUUCUGUCAGCUUCAGUGCCACUGGGAAGCUGCUGCUCUCUGUGGGUCUGGAUCCAGAACACACCAUCACCAUCUGGAAGUGGCAGGAAGGUGCCAAAGUGGCCAGCCGAGCAGGUCACACUCAGCGGAUUUUUGUGGCGGAGUUCCGUCCAGACUCGGACACACAAUUUGUGUCCGUGGGAAUCAAGCACGUGAGGUUCUGGACACUGGCGGGUUUGGCUUUGCUGAGCAAGAAGGGGAUGAUGAGUUGCAUUGAGGACGCCCGCAUGCAGACCAUGCUGUCUGUGGCAUUUGGAGCUAAUAACUUGACAUUUACAGGUACCAUUAGUGGGGAUGUGUGUGUUUGGAAAGAGCACAUUCUAGUGAGAAUAGUGGCCAAGGCCCACACUGGGCCUGUGUUCACCAUGUACACCACACUAAGAGAUGGCCUCAUUGUGACGGGAGGCAAGGAAAGACCAUCGAAGGAAGGAGGUGCUUUGAAGUUGUGGGACCAGGAGCUGAAGCGAUGCAGAGCCUUCCGGCUGGAGACAGGGCAGAUUAUAGACUGUGUACGCUCCGUCUGCAGGGGAAAGGGUAAAAUCCUUGUGGGAACCCGGAAUGCGGAGAUCAUUGAAGUGGGGGAGAAGAACGCUGUGUGCAACAUCCUGGUUAACGGCCACAUGGAUGGACCAAUCUGGGGCGUGGCCGCUCAUCCGACCCGCGACAUGUUCCUGUCUGCUGCAGAGGAUGGCACUGUGAGGCUGUGGGACAUCCAAGAAAAGAAGAUGCUAAACAAGGUCAACCUGGGACACCCAGCGCGUACGGUGGCUUACAGCCCUGAAGGGGACAUGGUUGCCAUUGGAAUGAAGAACGGAGAAUUCAUUAUCUUGCUGGUCACCUCCCUCAAGAUCUGGGGCAAGAAGAGAGAUCAGCGCUCCCCCAUCCAAGACAUCAGGUUCAGUCCAGAUUCCCGCUACUUGGCAGUGGGCUCCAGUGAGAGUGCGGUUGACUUCUACGACCUGACCCUUGGACCACAACUCAACCGCAUUAACUGCUGCCGGGACAUCCCCAGCUUUGUCAUGCAGAUGGACUUUUCUGCUGACAGCUGUCAUGUUCAGAUAUCCACUGGUGCUUACAAGCGGCUGGUGUAUGAGGUGCCAUCAGGAAAGCAGGUCACUGAACAGUCAGUCAUAGACAGGAUCACCUGGGCCUCGUGGACAAGUGUCCUGGGGGACGAGGUAGUUGGGAUCUGGUCCCGUAACGCUGACAAGGCCGACGUCACCUGUGCCUGUGUGUCCCACUCUGGUCUAAACAUUGUCACGGGCGAUGACUUUGGAAUGGUAAAGCUGUUUGAUUUUCCAUGCCCGGAGAAGUUUGCCAAACACAAACGCUUUCUGGGCCACUCAGCCCACUUGACAAAUAUUCGCUUCACAAGCGGGGAUCGCUUUGUCAUUAGUGCUGGCGGUGACGAUAGAAGCCUUUUUGUCUGGAGGUGCGUCCAUGCCCUUCACUGAGAACAUCUGGAGUUACUCAUUAUCCAUCCACCACUGAGUCCAGUCCAGAGGACAGCAUGGGCUUUUCCCAGCAUGGCUACUCAGUAAGAAGAACCCACUGUGGGACUACUGCAUGUCAAAAUGGAUAACACACCUGGCAGCUAGUUACCAUGAUUCACUGCCUCAACACUACAGAGUAGGGUCAACCAUCUGCGUGAGCCUCUCUUUCAAUAUGGCAUCGUUCUUGAUUGUUUUCCUACGAGGUGGAAAACGUUAAGUUGCUACUGUUCCAAAAUAUCCCUUCAACACAUCACAUCCUUUCAUAUUAUCUGCCCAUGAUUUUGACGGAGGAUACUUUAUGUUUAGUAUGAGUGUUUUUGUGUCAGUGUUCUAAAUGGCAGUGUGUUGCCAAUUGGAAUGAGAAAAUGCAAUUUUUAAAGAUGUGUAGCAAACUAACUUAGCCUUAAUCUACAUUUCGAGUGACUGAUGAGGUUUGGAGUGGUUUUUAUGUUUGUUUCUUAUAAUUUCAUUGUUGUUUUCUUCCUUUUGACUAAUACAUUUUUUUUUACUAAUAAUUUAAACUCCUGUGGCCUUCCUCCUGAAUGUAACAUCUGCAGUUAUGUUCUGGAUGUCAGCAUGCCAAAGCAUACUAUGCACUGUACACCCAACCCGACCUGGUCACUGUGUUACCCUGAUCAAUUGUGUAUGUGACUGUGUUGUCCACUGGUUGAACCUCAAACCCCCAGCAGUGUGUGACCAUGUUGAAAAUGUAGCGAUCUGUUAGCUUUGUGCAGUAACCCUCUAUAACAUGUUGUGUGUAGACCUGUUUGAGGUUUUGUGUAUGUGUGCAGUUGGAGUGCAUGGCUUUUUGACAGACAAUCCAUGAUUUUCAUGUCCAACCAAACUCCUCAGAAAACAAAAGGGAAAAUGCUUAGACUUUAUGUUUCAAUGCACUGUUGCAUUUCUCCUUUGAUCACUUUUCAGUGUGCUGCUAUGAUGCAACCUUAUUAAAUAUGUUUAAAAGGAAGUGGCUAUUUUUACAAGGGUAUAGGUUUAUGUUUCUCGUAGCCAGAUAUGAUAUUGCCCAACUGGAAUAUUUUAAGUAUAUACUAAUAAAUGUUUUCCCUCUUGUUUUAUGACAAUUCUAUACAUAUUAAAUGUGUUUACUGAAUAUUUUAA